CAGUCGCUGGAUAAGCUCAACAAGGGAGACCAGAUUGCACCUUCUCCUUCUCCUCCUCGAAUAUAACCGGAUUUUGGGCUCUGCGCGCUCCAAAACGUCUCCAUCCAGGCGGGUUGAUUCCCCUCUUUUAGUUGUGGUUUUGUUGUGUCACAGGAGCAAACUUGGAGCACGGGAUAUUUGAGAGGGCUUUGGGACCGAGGACUGCCUUGACAGACAGACAGACAGACGGCUUCUUUUGCUGAGCUUAUCAGCCAGCGUGGCUCCAUAUGGCUUUUUUUCUCUCUCUCAUUGCUACGGAGGAUGCAGGGUGAAAAAGCCCUGAGCAGGGCUCCCAGUUACCCGCCAAAAGAAUGUUGGCAUGACCAUGAAGAUUAAAGCUGCCAUUUCGACUCAAGUGAAACCGUGCACGCUCUAACCUGCACCGGAAGGGAACGCUCCAUAAUUACCUAAAUUAGACCCGAGUGUGCCCAAUGGAUAUUUGAAUCCCCGUCACGUUUGCUCUUAAUAGCCAUGGCAGAGAGGACCUUUAAACAGUUCAAACUCUUUUGGCGCCAACAGUGAGAGGUUUGGCCCCGUGGCCUGGACAGUGUCAGGUAAUGGUGUUUGCUCCAGGAAUUAAGUGUCCACCAAGCCUCUUGCUAUGCAGAUAUAUCAUCACAAUGGAUCUUUUCUCAGAGAAUGCAUCAGUUUUCACUUAUAUACCCAUGUAGACAUUCAGUCGUGCACCAGUCUACUCUCUUACAGUCAAACGUAGAUAUUUCCUGCUUUUAGAAAAGGCUCUCACAAAUAAAUCCAGCCCUAUACAUCCCUCUCCACCUACACACACUCGUGAUUCCAAGAUGGUUUUACAGAAGCCCCAUGGCGCCCACCUCAUAUGGGUCGGGCUGCUCAUUUGUUGCUCUCUAGAAAUAGCCACUUGUCUAGAAUUUACAGGCGCUGAGGGACAGUGGGCUCGGUUUCCAGUGUGGAACGCGUGCUGCGAAAGCGAAAUGAGCUUCAACAUGAAGACGAAGAGUUCCCACGGCUUGCUCGUCUACUUCGACGACGAAGGAUUCUGCGACUUUUUGGAACUCCUCAUACUGAACGGCAAACUCAGCCUCCGCUUCUCCAUCUUCUGCGCUGAGCCAGCGACCGUCGUGUGAACGGCGGUCAACGACAGCCAGUGGCACGCCGUCGCCGUGAGGCGGAACUUCAAGAACACGACCCUGACGGUGGACGGCGAGACCAAAUGGGUGGAGGUGAAGUCGAAAAGGCGGGAUAUGACUGUUUUCAGCCAUCUGUUCGUUGGUGGAAUACCACCGGAGUUGCGGUCUGUGGCGCUGCGGAUGACGUCGGCGGUGGUCAAGGAUCAGCCGCCUUUCGCGGGUUGGAUAACGGACAUAAAGGUCAACAGCACGGAGUCCGAGAUGAUCAAUGGCGAUGGGGUCUUACAGGACCUCUGCGGUACGGCCAACAUGUGCUUAAAUGGAGGAGUCUGCAGUUUAAUUAACGAGGAGCCGACAUGUGACUGCUCUCAGACGGGCUUCCAGGGGAAGGACUGCAGUGAAGAAGACAACAAUGCCGAAGGUCUGGCACACCUGAUGAUGGGCGACCAAGGUAAAAAUAAAGGGCAGAGAGGGGAACCUUGGCUUCUAAGGUCCCUACUGAGCAUUCAAGGAAAAGAAGAGUAUGUCGCAACCUUCAAAGGAUCUGAGUUCUUCUGCUACGACUUGUCCUUGAACCCGAUUCAAAGCAGCAGUGACGAAAUCAUACUGUCUUUCAAAACUCUACAGAGGAAUGGACUGAUGCUGCACACGGGCAAAUCGGCUGAUUACGUCAACCUGGCGCUGAAAAAUGGGGCUGUCUCACUCGUCAUUAAUUUGGGGUCUGGAGCCUUUGAAGCUCUGGUGGAGCCAGUCAAUGGGAAAUUUAAUGACAAUGAUUGGCAUGAUGUCAAAGUAACAAGGAAUCUACGUCAGCACUCAGGCAUUGGACACGCUAUGGUAACGAUAUCUGUGGAUGGGAUUCUGACCACUACGGGAUAUACACAAGAAGACUACACCAUGCUAGGCUCGGAUGACUUCUUCUAUGUCGGAGGAAGUCCUAGCACGGCUGACCUGCCUGGAUCUCCGGUUAGCAACAACUUCAUGGGAUGCCUGAAGGAGGUUGUGUACAAAAACAACGAUGUGAGACUUGAGCUGUCCAGGCUGGCCAAACUGGGUGAUCCCAAGAUGAAGGUCCAUGGCACUGUGGCUUUCAAGUGUGAGAACGUGGCCACUCUGGAUCCCAUCACAUUCGAGACACCGGAGUCCUUCAUUGUCCUGAACAAGUGGAACGCCAAGAAGACGGGCUCCAUCUCCUUUGACUUCCGCACCACAGAGCCUAAUGGCCUCCUGCUCUUCAGCCACGGAAAGCCCAAGCAGCAGCCCAAGGACUCUAAGAAUCCCCAGACGCUCAAGGUGGACUUCUUUGCCAUCGAGAUGCUGGACGGCCAUCUUUACCUGCUGCUGGAUAUGGGCUCGGGAACCACAAAGACCAGGGCGGUCAAUAAGAAGGUCAAUGAUGGAGAGUGGUACCACGUGGACUUCCAGCGGGACGGCAGAUCAGGUACCAUCUCCAUCAACACCCUGCGCACCGCCUACACCGCCCCAGGAGAGAGUGAGAUCCUGGACCUGGAUGACAACCUGUACCUCGGGGGUCUGCCCGAGAACAAACUGGGGCUGGUGUUCCCCACCGAGGUGUGGACGGCGCUCCUCAACUACGGCUACGUGGGCUGCAUCCGAGACCUCUUCAUCGACGGGCAGAGCAAAGACGUGCGGCGCCUGGCCGAGAUCCAGAAGGCCACGGGGGUCAAGCCCUCCUGCUCCAAGGAGCCGCCAAAACAGUGUUUGAGCAACCCGUGCCAGAACAACGGGGUCUGCAGGGAGGGCUGGAACCGCUACGUGUGUGACUGCUCUGGGACGGGAUAUCUGGGACGCUCCUGUGAAAGAGAGGCGACCAUCCUCAGCUACGACGGCAGCAAGUUCAUGAAGGUGCAGCUGCCCGUGGUGAUGCACACGGAGGCCGAGGACGUGUCCCUGCGCUUCCGCUCCCAGCGAGCCUACGGCAUCCUGAUCGCCACCACGUCCCGGGACUCUGCCGACACCCUGCGUCUCGAGCUGGAGAGCGGCCGCGUCCGCCUCACUGUCAACUUAGAUUGUGUCAGGAUUAACUGUACCUCCAGUAAAGGUCCAGAGACUAUUUUUGCGGGUCAGAAUCUGAACGAUAAUGAGUGGCACACAGUGCGUGUGUUCAGGAGGGGCAAGAGUUUGAAACUGACCGUAGACGAUCUGCUGCCUGUGGAAGGUCAAAUGGCCGGUGACCACACCCAGCUGGAGUUCCACAACAUAGAGACGGGCAUUGUGACGGAGAAGCGCUUCAUGACCUUGGUGCCGUCCAAUUUCAUCGGCCACCUGCAGAGCCUCGCCUUCAACGGCAUGGCCUACAUAGACCUGUGUAAAAACGGCGACAUCGACUACUGCGAGCUCAACGCCAUGAUCGGCUUCAAGAACAUCAUCGCCGACCCCGUCACGUUCAAGUCGCGCUCCAGCUACGUGACCCUCACCACGCUGCAGGCGUACUACUCCAUGCACCUUUUCUUCCAGUUCAAAACCACGUCGUCCGACGGCCUCAUCCUGUUCAACAGCGGCGACGGAAACGACUUCAUCGUGGUGGAGCUGGUCAAAGGCUAUCUGCACUAUGUGUCCGACCUGGGAAACGGAGCCCACUUGAUCAAAGGCAACUCUAACAAGCCGCUGAACGACAACCACUGGCACAACGUCAUCAUCUCCCGGGACACCAACAACCUCCACACCGUGAAGAUUGAUACCAAGGUCACCACGCAGACAACCACAGGGGCCAAAAACCUGGACCUGAAGGGUAACCUUUACAUCGGAGGGGUUGCAAAGGAGAUGUUCAAGGAGCUGCCAAAACUGGUGCAUGCCAAGGAGGGCUUUCAAGGUUGUCUGGCAUCAGUGGAUCUGAACGGGCGGCUCCCGGACCUGAUGUCAGACGCUCUGGACUGUGUGGGACAGAUAGAGAGAGGGUGUGAAGGCCCCAGCACGACGUGCCAGGAGGACUCGUGUGCCAACCAGGGCGUGUGUCUCCAGCAGUGGGAGGGCUUCAGCUGUGACUGCAGCAUGACGACGUUCGGAGGGCCGCUCUGCAAUGACGCGGGAACAACGUACAUAUUUGGGCGAGAUGGCGGACUGAUCACGUACACGUGGCCGCCAAACGACCGUCCCAGCACGAGGGCAGACCGGCUAGCCAUCGGCUUCAGCACGCACCUGAAGGACGCUGUCCUGGUGAGGGUGGAUAGCUCCUCUGGUCUCGGAGACUUCUUGAAGCUUCACAUUGAAAAAGGAAACAUUGCCGUGGUUUUUAACGUGGGAACAGACGACAUUAAUAUUGAGGAGACGUCAAAGUUUGUAAAUGACGGAAAGUACCAUAUAGUGAAGUUUACGAGGAGUGGGGGUAAUGCCACUCUGCAGGUGGAUGACCUGCCAGUCAUUGAGCGCUACCCCACAGGCAACAAUGAUAACGAACGCCUGGCGAUUGCUAGACAGCGAAUCCCAUACCGACUUGGUCGAGUAGUUGACGAAUGGCUACUCGACAAAGGGCGGCAGCUUACAAUCUUCAACAGCCAAACCACUAUACAGAGGGGCUGGGAGCGGGACCGGAGUCGAUCGUUUCAGGGCCAGCUCUCGGGCCUCUACUAUAAUGGCUUGAAGGUGUUCAACAUGGCCGCCGAGGGAGAUCCCAACAUAAGGAUCCAGGGCAGCGUGCGGCUGGUGGGGGAGUCGCCCUCCUCUAUCACGCCGCAGUCCAGCACCACGGCCAACCGCUCGGAGACGUCCACAUCCAUCAUGGAGAUCACUACCACCACGGCGUCCAGCCGGCGGGUCAAACAGACGACACCGCGAGAGCCUCAGCAGACAACCGAUGACUUGCUGGUGGCGUCAGCCGAGUGUCCGAGCGAUGAUGAGGACAUUGAUUCCUGUGAGCCGAGCUCAGCCAAUCCCACCGGCGCCGGCCCGAGGGGAAUCCCCGGCACGUCGGAGGUCUUCCGGGAGUCCAGCAGCACGACGGGGAUGGUGGUCGGCAUCGUAGCGGCGGCGGCGCUCUGCAUCCUCAUCCUGCUCUACGCCAUGUACAAAUACCGGAACAGAGACGAGGGCUCGUACCACGUGGACGAGAGCCGCAACUACAUCAGCAACUCGGCGCAAUCCAACGGCACGGUGGUCAAAGAGAAGCCGGUCAACACAGCCAAGACCUCGGGCAAGAACAAGAAGAACAAGGACAAGGAGUACUACGUGUGAUUGUGAGAAAAAAUUUGGUCCCUGCCUGACCAAAUUGAACGUUUUCCAGAAAAGACAAAUCAGGACUUCAACAUGUGUACAGUAUAAUCACAAAGAUGAACACUAUUUAGUCUUUUUAUCCUAUGAGACGAUGCUCUGAGGAGCAAACGUGAAAAAAAUUAAAAGUUACUUUCUUUGGACUCAAUAUGUCGAGACAGACUUAUGGAAUAACGGCUCUGGUGACCGGAUGAUGAACAAAAACACAUCCAACAUGUCACCCCAAACAAUAUGAACACAUCUGUGAUUUGUCUCCUCGGCCGGGACGACAACGCUCUGACUCCCGUCUUUUCUGGUACACACAGAGGAGCACAGACGCGCUUUGCAGAGGGAGCAUCAGCAUUACAAACUUAAUGUUCUCAUUUACAUUGCCUGUGUUUGUGUUGUUGGGACUUUUUUUUUUUUUUAUACAGAAAAUGACACAAUGCAUUAAAUAAAAAUACAUACAUGAAGACGCCAAAACAUUUUACUGUGGGUGACUGAGGAAGACAAAAAAAAAAUUUGGAGAGGAGGAGGAGGACAAAAAAAAAAUAAAAUAAAAACCCUGAUGGAAGUGCGAGGAAUCAGGCCAAAGUGCUCCCUGGAGAGGCAGUGAUGGCCGGCAGAGACUAACACCUGGAUGACUGUGCUGACACGAGAUUGGAUGGGCAGUUUCUCUUAAGGACAACGUUACAAAAAGAAGAGUGUGUCCAUUGUGCCAGCUUAGAAAUCCGGAGGCCUUUCGUUUUCACAUCGUGUGAACUCAAAGGAGAGACACCGAGGGGGGAGAGCGGGGGGAGUCGUGCACGCAAAAUUAUCUUAUUACAGUACAUAUGUUUAUAUACAGUACAACCACAUCUAUAUGUGCUUUCUGGACUGUGACAAAGUGGUGUUUUAUAGCCUGUUGUAUAGAUGAUGCAAACUAUAACUGCUCCUCAAACAUUUUUGGAAUAAAACUACAACUACAAAAAAAAAAAGAAGACAUAAGUGUUACUAAGUGUUGCUAGACAUAGACGAUUUUAUGAAGACAUCUGCUUUUUAUUUUCAGUUUGAUGAUCAUUUGAUUCUCCCUCUGUUUUUACAUGUGUUCCUAUAUAGUUUUUUAUACAAAUGCAGAUCUGAGAUAGACGAUCCCAGACCAGUUAGUAGCCUAACCGUUUCCCCCCGAAAAACUGCAUACGGCGGCGGAAAGGGUGGCAUUAAAAACUGCGGAUCUCUUCUGAGGAUACUGGUAGAGUCACUGCCUUCCCGCUCAAUCCUGACUUACAGUACAUGAGUGAGAAUGAAGUCCAAGCUUAUGAAUGCUGAUGAUGAUGAUGAUAAUGGAUGAUUACAAUGAUAAAUUACCUUUGCCGUGUGUGUUUUCCAAGUGGUACAGUAUGACGAGAUUGUCUGAUGUGUGCUUGGGGCUGAUGCAAAAACCCAGAGGAGAAUAGCUCAAAUAUGUCUCCGUUUUCAACUGUUCUGUGUUCGUUCUGUCAUUCUGUCAGUCAAAAAUUCUGCUUUCCAGAGACCUGUACUUGGAAUGAGUAUGAGGAAAAGUGACCAUGAUCUAUAAAUGAUGAUUAUAAAUUGUC